AUGGACUAAACUCCAACAAGUAUAAAUACAUUUACAACAACGGACAAGGAAUUGGAAAAUAACUUAAAGGAUUUACUGGAGAGAAUUUUAGUCUAUGUAGAGAAAUACAUUGAAACAAAGGAAGAGUUAAAUUAAAUUGAAAAUGAAUUGAAAGACUAUGAAAGUUUGUCAUACUUGGUUGGUAUUAUAAAAGUAAUAUUUACAAAACUAAUGCUGAAAAUAGAAAAGAAACUGUUGUAAGUAAAAAAUUAUUAUUCAAAAUCCAAAGGAAAUUGGAUAAAUGCAACGAUUUGAA